GUUUGUUAAACUAGUACACCAGUUCGUUGCCGGUGUUUGCGACAUAAGGACGUGUGUUGUUCACUCGUAGAAAAUGCCCGAAGUACAUCCAGCUUUUGCGGACGCGGGAAAGAAACAAGGUUUGGAGAUAUGGCGUAUUGAAAACUUCGAGCCUGUUGCUGUACCUCUAAAUCAAUAUGGCAAUUUUUACUCCGGAGAUUCCUAUAUAGUGCUUAAGACAUCAGGCGCAUCAAACCUAUCCUGGGACAUUCACUUCUGGUUGGGUUCCAAUACUAGUCAAGAUGAAGCUGGGGCAGCCGCUAUCUUGUCUGUUAACCUGGAUGAUGAACAGUUCCAUGGAGAUGCUGUACAGCACAGAGAGACCCAAGGUCAUGAGUCUAGACAGUUCCUGAGUUACUUCGAACCUGCUAUUAGAUACAUGGAUGGAGGACAUGCUUCAGGCUUCAGUCAUGUGACCAUCAAUCCUGGAGCUGAGAAGAGAUUGUUCCAGAUUAAAGGCAGAAGAAAUGUUCGUGUUAAACAGGUUGAAGCAUCUGUUAAAUCAAUGAACAAGGGAGACUGUUUUAUACUCGAUGUUAAUCACAACAUCUUUGUAUACGUGGGAGAUGGUUCUAAGACUGUUGAGAGGUUGAAAGCUAUCACUGUUGCUAAUCAGAUCAAAGAUCAGGACCAUAAUGGUAGAGCUAAUAUUGAGAUUAUUGAUCCUUUCUCACACGAAGGUGAUCUGGAGACGUUCUUCGAAGCACUGGGCUCUGGUGAUCAGGAUUCAGUUCCUGAUGCGGAAGAAGGUGGUGAUGAUGAAGAGUUUGAAAGAGGAAGUACUAAAGAAGUAACAUUGAGUGAGAUCUCAGACAGAACUGGUCAAUUGGAGAUCAAGAAACUCUCUGGACCAUUGAACAAAGAUCUAUUGGAUACUCAGGAAUGUUACAUACUGGACACUGGCAGCAGUAUCUAUGUAUGGGUCGGCAGGAAAUCCAAUGGAACGGAGAAAUCAGCUGCGAUGGCGAAAGCGGAACAAUAUUUGAAAGCCAACAAUUAUCCUGCUUGGGUACAUAUAUCAAAGGUAACAGAAGGUGCUGAAGCGGCUGCUUUCAAACAGUAUUUUGAAGAUUGGAAUUAAAUGUUUAUCUGUUUUCAUUGUUUAAAAACUUGUAUUAAAACAGAUUGUCAUAU